AUGGAUCCAGACGACCUGGAAAGAUUACGCGCAAAGCGAGAGGUUAUGUUCGGGAAAGUGAAGUGGGAGUUGUCCGUCGCGAAAGCACUCCACACCCGGAAUCCGUCGUGCGGUGAAGUGCAUGAACGUCGGGAAAAGCUCACGGAGCUCGCGGCAAAUUUCGAAGCCGUGCAAACAGUGAUCGAGGAGAACACAAGCAACCUGAUGGAUGUUACGUCGGUUUUCAACUACCGCACCCAAUUCGAAGAGAUUUAUUUCAACGUGAAAGACCUGUAUACGGAGUACCUGGACGCAAAUCAGGACCACGUUUCUUGGCACAGUGCGGGCAGCGAGACGUCCAACGAUUUGCGGGAUGCGAUAAAGGCGCUUUUGGAAACGCAGCAGGCAAUGCUCGAUCGCCGGCAUGCACCACCGCAGCAGCCAGCAGCGGGUGGUCAGGCGCCGAAUCAUGAACCCCAAGUCAAACUACCGCAGCUCAAUAUUCCCGUCUUCCGAGGUGAACGCAAAGCCUGGAACUCGUUCAAGGAUUUGUUUGUCAGCACGAUCCACAACAGGGAGGAUCUGAAGCCUUCCGUUAAAAUGCAGUAUCUGCUCUCCUACUUGGAUGGAGAAGCGAAGCGGAUGGUGAACUCGUUCCCCAUCACCGAUGCCAACUACGACGAGGCGUGGGCAACACUCGUGACGCACUAUUAUAAAAAGAAAUACACAGUGUUUACCCUCGUGCGGGAGUUUGUGGAUCAGCCAUCGGUCACUAAUGCGGCUGGAUUGAAGAAACUGGUGGCUACUUCUGAUGACGUCAUCCGACAGUUGAAGGCUCUCGGCAACGAGUACGAGACACGGGAUCCUUGGCUCAUCCAUAUGCUGCUCGAGAAAGUGGACCGGGAGACCCGCGCGCUAUGGGCGCAGAAGAUAAUCGACGAGGAAAACCCGAUGUUCGCAGAUUUCAUCGAUUUUCUGCAGAAACGCUGUGACGCUCUGGAGACUUGUUCGGCGUUUUCGCGGAAGCAGGGAGAAACUGCGAAGAAGGAGUUCCCGAAGAACAACCCAAGCGAGAAGAAGAUUCAAGCAUUCCACGCCAGUGCGACACAGGCGUCGUGUGCGAAGUGUGGAAAGGAUCAUCCAACGUACCACUGCGAACAAUUCAAGGCCAUGGAUGUGUCGGCGCGUAGGGAACUGGCACUCACGUCGAAGUUGUGCUUCAAUUGCCUGCGUCCGUCACACACGGCGAAGAAGUGUCAAUCGAAGUCGGUGUGCCGCACUCCGCAGUGCAACCAGCGGCACCACACAAUGCUAUGCCAGCAGAAAAUCAAACAACCGGAUAGAAAGCAGGAGGUUCAACAACUUCCGGAAUCGGGAUCGGAUGUUCCAUCGAUCUCUACCAACGUUGCGCAGGCGGUUGCCGAAAAGCAAGGACCGUCCGCAUUCGCUUUGCUACCUACGGUGGUGGCAAACAUUCGAGGAGGUGAUGGGAAGCUACACGAGGUGAGGAUUUUGAUCGACUGUGGUUCCCAAGCAUCUCUCAUCACGUCAACCUGUGCCAAGCGCCUUGGGUUGAGGCGCAGCAAUGCUUCUUUGGAAGUCACCGGUGUCAGCGGCGAGGUCGUCGGCACCACUGCCGGCAUCGUCCCGCUGGUGAUUUCGUCGCGUUUCAACGAGGAAACCAAGCUCACUACAUCCGCUUACGUGCUGGGAAAGCUCACGGCAUCCCUGCCGUGCCAGCGUUUCGACGUAGCAAACAUGCCGUACUUGGAGCAUCUACAACUCGCGGACCCCCACUUCAACCAACCAGGUUCGGUGGAUGUCAUACUGGGAUCGGAUGUCUUCCUGUCCGUAUUGGAGGCCGGGCAGGUCAAGGAUCCAAAUGGAGUUCCUGUAGCACAGCGUUCCAUCUUUGGGUGGAUUGUUGCAGGAAGAAUCUCAAAGCAAUGGUGUACGCACGCGCAUCACUCGGUGGUCAAUCUUCGCCAGGAAUUCGACAUCGAUCACACCCUGCGAUUGUUCUGGGAAGACCAGGAGUUGCGUCAAGCAAAGCUUUGGACACAGGAAGAACAGAGGGUCGUUGAUCACUUCAACUCGACUCUUACUCGUACGGAAGAUGGUCGCUUUAUUGUCCGACUGCCAAUGGACGAUUCAAAGCAGCAGCUGGGAGAGUCGCUGACCGCAGCAGUCAGGCGGCUACGAGCUAUGGAACGCCGGUUUGAAAACGACACGAACUUCAAGGAGAGAUACGUUGCCUUCAUGCAGGACUAUCAGGAUUUAGGCCACAUGGAACCGAUUCCGGAGGCAGAGAUCCAAGUUGAUUGUACGAAGUCCUACUAUUUGCCGCACCACGGGGUCGUAAAGGAAGGCAGCAGCACCACCAAGCUUAGGGUGGUGUUUGACGCUUCGUGUGUCACCACUUCUGGAGCGUCACUCAACGAUCUGCUACUCGAUGCACCGAAUAUCAACACCGACAUCUUCGACAUCAUGAUGGAGUUCAGAUUCCACGAAGUAGUGUUCACCGCAGACGCGGUAAAGAUGUACCGACAAAUAUUGGUGCAUCCUGACGAUCGAGAUUUUCUGCGGGUAGUAUGGAGAAGCUCACCGGACAAGCCAAUACAGCACUUCCGGCUUCGCACGGUGACAUACGGGCUGAAGAACUCUGGAUUUCUGGCCAUGGCAGCACUCAAGAAGGCAGCGGACGAGUAUGAAGGAAAGUAUCCUGAAGCCGCAGAGCACAUCAAGAAAAGCACCUACGUUGAUGACCUCACAUCCGGAGCUAAAUCAGUCGCGGAAGCUAUUCGUCUUGUCAAGGAAAUCAACGAGAUCGUGGAGAGUGCAGGUUUUACAUUACGUAAAUGGAGCUCGAAUUCAGCGGCGGUUCUAGAAUCGCUACCUGAAACCAGCACAACGCCAAUACAAAUACAGUUUCCGGAUGAACGGGAUAUGGUGAAGGCUCUAGGAAUUCAUUGGGUUCCGGACAAGGACGUCUUCACGAUCAAGGUAAGCCUGCAGACAGAUGGGCCCAACACGAAGCACCAACUACUUUCAGACUCUGCCAGACUGUUCGAUCCGUUCGGAUGGUUUGCGCCGGUUAUUGUUCGUGCCAAAAUCCUUUUUCAACAUUGUUGGCUGUACGACCUGAAUUGGCACGAUCCGCUUCCCCCCGUCGUCGAAGAAAAAUGGGUCGAAAUGAAGGAGAGCUUGUGCCAGCUGGAGAGGAUCAACAUUCCACGAUGGGCACCCAACUACGAGGAUCAAAUCCAACUCCACGGUUUUUCUGAUGCCUCCGAGGAAGCGUAUGCGGCAGUUGUGUACCUCAGAUCGGUGGAUCGAAAUGGGAAGGUCUUCGUUACGUUGCUGGCAGCGAAGACUAAGGUGGCACCCGUGCGGCAGGUGUCUCUUCCACGCCUCGAACUCAACGCUGCUGAACUACUAGCGAAGCUGAUGAAGCAAGUUGCUGAAUCUCUCAAGCGCUUCCAGGUAGAACAGUAUGCUUGGACGGACUCGACUAUAGUGCUUCAGUGGCUCUCAGGACAUCCUCGAAAAUGGAACACUUACGUGGCCAACAGAACUUCAUCGAUACUGGAGGUCUUGCCGCGUAAGCAUUGGGCUCACGUUGCAUCGAACGAUAAUCCUGCAGACUGCGCGUCUCGUGGGAUAUCUCCGGCAGAGCUCAUCGAUCAUCAUCUGUGGUGGUCAGGACCAACGUGGCUGGCGGAAGAUUCUGCCACCUGGAAUCGAACCAACCCGUCUGACGAUUUGGAUGAAACAACAUUGGAGGUACGUAAACGAUUCCAAACACUCAAUGUCGCUAUCAUCAACUCAGGAUCCACGUACGAAAUCGAGAAGCACAUACUGGCUAAUCGAUCCAGCAUCGGCGCGGCAUGCCGACAGCUGGCAUGUGUCCAACGAUUCAUCUUCAACCUGAAGUCGAAGGCGUCGAUUCAGUACGAGAGGCGCUCGGGUGCGAUCCUUCCAUCCGAGUUACACGCAGCCAGGAUGCAGCUCAUCAGACUGGCUCAGCACGAAGGCUAUGAAGAAGAAGCAAAAUCGUUGGCGAAGGGAAAUGAAGUCCAUCCGAAAUCGAAGAUCAGCAGCUUGUACCCUUUCUUGGAUGGAACCGGGACGAUUCGUGUCGGGGGACGUUUGCAGCAGUCGUCGUUUCCUUUUGAAGUGAAGCACCCGGCGAUACUCCCGAACAACCACCGCGUGUCCAGAUUACUGGUUGAGGAGCUACACUUGCAGAACUGUCAUGCAGGUCCCACACUCCUGACGGCAGCGAUCAAUCAGAGCAAUACCCGCGGAGAACGUUGCUCGAAGGGAUACAUCGUCGUAUUUGUCUGCCUCUCGAGCAAGGCGGUUCACCUCGAGGUUGCAGGUGACCUCUCAACGGAUACAUUUUUGGGAGCUUUCAAGCGAAUGAUUUCUCGACGAGGUUACUGCAACGAGAUCUGGUCGGAUAAUGGGACGAACCUGGUCGGUGCCGACCGGCAACUGACGGAGAUCUACGAAGCAACGCAGACUCACAGCAAGAAAACUGAACCGUACUUCAGCAACCUUGGCAUCCGCUGGAGGUUCAUUCCGCCAUCCAGUCCGCAUCAGGGUGGCAUCUGUGAAGCGGCCGUUAAGAGCGCAAAGGAGCUUUUGCGACCGGUCGUUGGCAACGAAAAGCUCACGUUCGAAAAGUUGUCGACUGUACUCUGCCAAAUUGAAGCGUGUCUCAAUUCGAGGCCACUGUAUCCUACCUCCACAUCGCCGGACAGCUUCGAGGCCCUCACGCCGGGGCAUUUCUUGGUGGGUCAACCGCUGAACCUGCUACCGGAACCCGACAUUGGACAUCUGAAAGUAAACCAACUGGAUAAUUGGGAGAAGGUACAACGAAUCACAAAUGAGUUUUGGAACCGUUGGCGCAAUGAGUAUAUUGCUACACUGCAGCCACGUGGUAAGUGGAGAAAUCGUCGAGACAACAUCAAGCCGGACCAGCUCGUUCUGGUGAAAAGUGACAACACCCUACUGUCCGCCUGGGAACUGGCCCGGGUUGUAGCUGUUCAUCCAGACAAGCAUGGUUUGGUGCGCACUGUCACGCUCCGCCGAGGAAGAUCCGAAUACCAGCGUCCAGUGCAGAAGCUAUGUCCACUUCCUGAUUGA